GAAGAAACACUUGGAUGAUGAUCUCAAACAAUAUGGUGCAUUAUGAUUACUCCAAAUUUGACCAAAUAUAAAUGAAAUCUUUAACCACCAUAAAUCAAAAUGAAAAGGGGUGAAUCAACGGAAGACCUAAUAUUCAAUGGUCAGACUCAUUCCCCAGAAGAUAUCAUUGGUGAAACAUUAUUCCCUAUGACACAUGAUGGGUCUAUGGGAGCCAACACUAUAGCUGCCGAUGCUAUUGCGACAGCACUACCUACAAAACCUCAAAACAAUGCAAGCAACACAAGAAAGGUCACUAAGCGCCAAACUAGUAAGACUGAAAAUAAACUGGAAAAUGAGAAAAGAUCUGGUCAUGGCAAGGACAAAAAUGGUUAUGGAUUAAGAAAGAAGGAUUAUGAAUCAGGAGAGAAGAAAGGAUGUAGCUACCCAAGACCAAUUGUGACACAUCAGCUCAGUGUAGAUGACAGUUGGAUAAAGGUUGAACUCCCUGAAUCUGGCAGUAACAUCACCCCCUACACUAAGAUACCACGUGAAUAUAAACUGAAGAUAUUUGUUAUGGUUCUAUCUGUGGUGAUCAUAGUCAGCACUAUCCUUAUAUGGUAUUUCCACCCAAAUACCAAUGGCAAUAUCAGAUUGGGUGACCAUUUAAAACUAGGGAGAAGAUCCAGAAGGCUAAUAUUAGACAAUAUUGAAGGAGAAAUCGUGCUUUAUGCUGAUUUAGGAACUAGGUUACCGCAAACAAAUCCAGUUGGUUGUGCUCCCUUGGAAGAAGAAAGAGAUGAAAAUCUUAAUGAGCUUUGCCUUGGUUUUUUGGAGAUUGGACAAUUAAACGUAAGCAGAAGUAACCAUGGUUACAAAGAUAAAACAAUUGAGUGUUAUGAUAUUAACUGGAGCCUUGUUUACGAUUAUGAUUUAACGGAUUGCUUUAAAUUUGGAAAUGCUCAUUGGUAUGGAGGGGGUACCAUAAAUGGUUAUCCAUACCCCUUGGAAAAUAAAACAGUGGAUGGUGCUUCCUUUUUGACAGGUAGAAUUCAAGAUGGAGACGAAUUUGGGUCCGUUUUAAAUCCAAGUUGGUUCAAUAGCAAUGGCGUUUCCAUUCAAAUGGACCAGUCAUUGCCACUAUACAUCAGCAUUUCCCAUGAUUCCAAGAAUGCAGCUGACAGUGGUGAAAUGUGCAUUUCAUCAAAAUGUGAUAAUGUGUCAUAUGCUUCCAAUUGUGAGACAUCAUCAAUGAGAUACACGAUAUGUAGUGCAGGAGAUAAUAGUCCAAGAACAAUACAAGGAUUUUUAAAAAAUCAUCAAAGCUCAAACUCCAGCGCAUCUGAAAUCAAUACAAAAUACAUAACACACCCUGUAUGGUCAACGGCUGCAGUUUAUGGAGGAAAUCUUACUUCUGGCGAUCUGAAUUCAUUCAUCAAUGAAAUUGCAAAGCAUUCAGAAGAGACAGAAGAUGAACUCGGCACUGUUAUUAUAGAGGAAGGCUGGCAGGGUGUGGAAGGUGACCUUGAGUUUGAUAAUGCACGAUUUGAGAAUAUAAGACAAAUUCUGGCCCAUGCAGAGAAUUUAGGAUUUGAGAUUAACAUAGCAGUGACACCUUUUAUUGCAGUUGAGAGUGAGAUUUUCCAUGAAACUGUUCGGCAAAACCUUUUGGUAUCUGAUGCAAGUGGAGUUGUCCCUGGUCUGACAGCUCUUGAUAGCAAUAUUGUUGCAGUCUUGGACUUCACUUAUAACACAACCCAGGAGUGGUUCAUAGAUAGAUUAAAGACACUAGCGCGCUCAUAUGGGAUUGAUUCAUAUGUGUUCAAAUAUGGGCAAGUUCGCUCAUUACCAUAUCAACCUCAUUUCCACUCUCGUGAGACAUCUCCGAGUCAGUUUUCAAACAGUCUCAGUCACAUUGCAUCGAGUAUUAAUUCCAAGGUUGUGACAAGCUCAUAUUAUGGGCAGCAAAGCAUUCCCAUCUUUAUGCAAAUGAGUCCUAUGAUGUCAUCUUGGAAUCGAACCAAUGGGAUCAAAGGGGUCAUUCCAGCAAUUCUCGCUCAUAGCGCAAUUGGGAAAACAUUUGUGAUUCCUCCAUCUGUAGGAGGAUUCACAGAUAAUUCCUGCUCAGAUAGUGAAUUAUUUAUUCGCUGGUUUCAGUUGUCAAUAUUCCUUCCUGUGCUCCACCUAUCAGUACCCCCAUGGUACUGUAUUCAUAACAACAAGCUGGUACUAGAGAUUGCUUCCGAAUUGUUGCUCAUACGUAAAAACAUUGUUAUACCCAAACUUUUACAAACGAUCAAAUAUAUCGAGUCAAAUUUAACUGAUGGUUCAGAAUUGAUAAAUCCAAUAUGGUGGAUUGCUCCAAAUGAUGAUGUUGCUUUGACAGUUUCUGAUCAAUUCUUGAUAGGAAGCGACCUUUUAGUCGCGCCUGUGCUUGAACAAGGUGCUACAAGCAAGCAGGUUUAUUUGCCUGUUGGUACAUGGCAAGACAUAAAGGGGGAUAAACAUGAAGGUGGGAGUUGGGUACAUUAUGAUGUGUCUCUUACAGAUGUUUUAUAUUUUAUCAAGCAACCUUCAGUAGAUUGACCAAUGGAGGGCUCAAGGAAAGAAAACUGAAAAUUGUUGAACAUUAUUAUCAUGCAUUUCUGUACCUUUGGUAAACCUACUAGGCCUAUAUCAUUUUUUUGGGUAAACGACAGUGCUUCCAUAUAUAUUUAUAUAGAACUAUUAUUUGCUUUAAUUUCUAGUCUAAACUGCACUGUAUCAGGAUAGUGUCCUCAUAUGAAUUUGAAUAUGAAUUCAUACCAUGACAAUACACAUAUUUUAAGACUGUAUAUAUAGUGUAUAAUGCCAGUCAACUGGAAUUUAUUAUUUAAUUUAUUUUAAACAGGUCUUAUGACAUACAACCAUGACAGAGGUAUGCUUAAAGCAGCUAAAUAAUAUUUUAGUAAUAUUUUUUUUAUAAUUCAGUGACUGUGGUGAUUAUUAUUGAAUUUGUUAAUUGUUUCCAGUUAUAG